UCCUGCCAGAAACCACAGGCCCAGCUGAAACUGCCCAGAGUCCGGGCCACGGGGCUUCGGAGGAUUUGGGUCGGCGCAGCAAAGGGGGUAUCUGCUGAGCUCUUUCUGGAUCCACAGCCCCCAGGGAGGCGGGCAGGGGUCGGGCCAGGGCUCAUCAGCAAGAGCAGCAGCCCAGGAAGGUCCCCUUCCCUUCCUGGGCUGGGAGGAGCCAGAGAGGCCCCUGCCAGCCUGUCACAGGCUCCUGGCACUGGCAUUGGCUCUGGCUUUCACACACGGGCGUGCGCACGCACGCACGCACACGCGCACACACGCUCACACUGGUAGGCACCUUCUUGGUGGCCUCGCCGUCUCAUCUUCAGACUCACAGGUCCUGCCUCCCAGGCUGAAAGCCGGCUCCGUGGGGGACACAGUGACAUGAGAGUCACACUACAGACCCACCUUCUGGCCUUCUCCCUCCUCUGCCUCCUCUCAAAGGUAUGUGCCCAGCUGUGCCCAACACCAUGUGUCUGCCCCUGGCCGCCACCCCGAUGCCCACCGGGGGCGCCCCUAGUGCUGGACGGCUGCAACUGUUGCCGGGUAUGUGCACGGCGGCUGGGGGAGCCCUGCGACCAUCUCCACGUCUGCGACCCCAGCCAGGGCCUGAUCUGCCAGCCCAGGGCGGGCCCUGGUGGCCGAGGGGCCGUGUGCCUCUGGGGAGAGGAUGACGGGAGCUGUGAGGUGAACGGCCGCGUGUACCGAGAUGGGGAGACCUUCCAGCCCCACUGCAGGGUUCGCUGCCACUGUGAGGAUGGUGGCUUCACCUGUGUGCCACUGUGCAGUGAGGACGUCCGGCUGCCCAGCUGGGACUGCCCGUAUCCCAGGAGGGUUGAGGUUCCGGGCAAGUGCUGCCCUGAGUGGGUAUGCGACCAGGGAGGGGGGCUGGGGGUCCAGCCCCUCCCAGCCCAAGGACCCCAGUUUUCUGGCCUUGUCGCUCCCCCACCCCCUGGCAUCCCCUGCCCAGAAUGGAGCACGGCCUGGGGCCCCUGCUCAACCACCUGCGGGCUGGGCGUGGCCACCCGGGUGUCCAACCAGAACCGCCUCUGCCGACUGGAGACCCAGCACCACCUGUGCCUGACUAGGCCCUGUCCACCUGCCAGGGGCCGCAGCCCACGGAACAGUGCCUUUUAGAGCAGAGCUGGGAAGGGGGGUUCGGUGCCCACCCUCAUCCAGCAGGCAGCCCCGUGCCUGGGCCCUCCCCACACCCUGGACUGGGGCAACACCAUGCAGGCCCUGGAGGACAAGAAUGUUCACAAGCCGUCUGGUCCAUCUGGACCCUGAGAUAGAGCUGGGUUGCGUGUCCCAGUCUCCCUUCCUCUACCUCACAGCCUAGGGGGCUGGCCAAGGUUUCCAGGGUCUUCUGGUCCAUUACCCGCCUCCACACAGCCUUUAUCAAACACACACAUGGGCAAGCUUUCCAGCAGAUAAGGCAACCAGCUGUCCCUUAAUCAUUAGGCCAAGGCAGGUGCUGGGCUGGACUGGCUAUUUUCCCAGGGGUGUGGUGAAGAGGGGCGCACAGAUAUUCUGAAUCUCUUGCUCCCUUUCCUGGAGUUGACAUAAAAACGUCCCAGGUACAUGCCUAGGCAAGAGCUUGUAGGUCAAGCUUAUGCUGUCUGAGAAAGCGCUCCCCAUCCAAGGGCAGCAUGCAGAGGCUGCAUCCUUUGCGAAAAUCACAAGGUGAAAUCACACUGUCUUGAAGAAAGUCAGAAAACAGGCCUGAAAGGGAUCCGUUAAAACCAACUCGUGUUAAUAAAAAUGAACCUUUCGCGCACACCUGCAACGUGCCAGGCACUGAGCUAGACACUUUAUAUAGAGCUUGGUGCUUCGCAACAUUUAAGACCAGAGAAAAUCAGGGGGGAAAUGAAGGCUUGCCCCCAGCGACUGGGGAACACGGCCUGAAAUAAACCCACCCAAGUGUGCAAUUGUUUGAA